CGAAUGCAUUCACAUCCGUUAUAACGCCCCUCUAGUUUCGAUUUAGAACACAUUAUGGUGUAUACCCAUUCGAAACUGUGCUGAUUUUCUUAAAAAAUGGCUGACAACAACCAAAUGUGUGGUCAAUGUCUUCGUGACAACACAGACAACGAGGGAGUUGUAUACUGCACAGAUUGUGAAGAACCACUGUGUGACUCAUGUAAACGGAACCAUGCAAUAAAUAGAGCUUCAAUGAACCACAAGUUCUGUGACUUUGCCGAAGCUCCACCAAAGGAGAUGCAGGGCUAUCUGAAGAACUUGAUCGCCUGUCCAAAACACGAAAGGGAAGAAGCGGUCUACCUGUGUAAAGACCACGAUGUGACAUGCUGCAGUAAGUGUGAAACGGCUGAUCACAGAAAGUGCAAGGAAGUUAAGGUACUGUCUGAUACAACGAAAGCCAUGAAAGGCGAUUUUUCCGAAUUAAAAACAGUCUUGCAUGAAUUGCAACAGCAAGGCGAGAUCCUUUUAGAACAGGAGGGCAAACACAUGGAAUCGAUAUCAGAAUCAGAAAAUAAAGCAUUAUCAUGGCUUGAAACUACAAAACAGAAACUCUUGGCCGUAUAUAACCAGCUUGAGAAAGACUUUUUGUCGGAAAUUGCUGGUAGGAAGAAACUGAUAGAGGAACAAGUACAAGCACAUAAUCAAAAACUUCAUCACUUUUUGCAAGACAUCAAACAGCAGUCAGAUUUAAUUGAAACCGUCGAGAAAGUUGGAACUAAUGAACAUGUUUUUCUUUUACAACGCCAGCUUGAACAAGAUGCAGUUUGUCACCUUAAAUCAACUUCAGUUAAAUUGAAAGCCAAUCAAAGACAAUCUUUGUUUCAAGGUACUGUGGAUACACGUUUUGAUAGUUGGUUAACCGAAAUAUGAAAUUGUGUGCGAAUUGAAGACCUUUAUUGAGAUGCAGACGACGUAACCGCCUACAUUGAAUGUCGUUUAAUACCCGCAUAUUUUAGGUAAGCACAUUGAAAUAUAUGCAAGGAGGAGAUGCGAUGUUGGUAGUUAAGGAAAACAAUAUUUAUUUAAUGUAAUAAUUAUUUUUCGUGACUGUUAAUUUUCGCACAUGCGCGUUUUCGUCUAUCAUUCAUGAACAUAAAUUUUCGGACAGUAUAUUUCACACCGCUUCUUCACCAGAUUUCGGCAAUGUAUUUGUUUAUCUUGUGACACUUCGAUCAUGGAUUUUUAUAAACGAAUUAAGGUCAUAUAACAUGGAAGACGCACGCCUGAGGGCAAUAGACCAUAAACAUUGCGUAAUUGGGUAAAUAACCAUGUAUACAAGUAGAAAACAAUAGCUUCAACCGACAGCGUGUUAAAAUAAUCUUCCUAUUAAGGAAGCGGUAUGUUUCGUGGUUUUACUUUUUUGUUAUCAGUUCAGGCAAGAGCAAGCAAAUCUGUAAAAUAGUUUUAUUUUAAAGUUGUAACAUUAUUGUGAUUUGAUUUAUUGCUUUUAUUUCAAUAUAAUUAAACUUUUCGAAAUUCAA